AUGAAGAAAGAUAGCGUGAAAUAUGCAGAUUUCUACAAGAAGUAUAGUCUAUUCCUAAAAAAGGGCAUUAUUAUUGAAAUGGAUCAUUCCGAUAAGGAGUCUAUCGCGAAGCUUCAGCUUUGUGAAUCCUCCACCUUGAAGGCUGGUAAUCUGGCAAAGUCGUCACCAUAUUUUGAACUGGCUGUUUUCUUUGCGCUGCAGCAGUUCGACAGGAAGCUAGGUGUGGAGAAAUGGGCUGAGAGCGCUGCAGCAAAGGCAGGAGAGAAGGAAAAAGAAGGAAAGGUGUUCCGUGACGUUGAUAAGAAGGAUCUAUUAGAUUGGAUUGAGAACACUCUUGGUUCAGUCAAGGUACGUCUCCUCCGGUCGUUCACUUAA